AUGGAGGAGGGUGGAGUUGGGGUUGGAACUGCAACUUUCAUAGAUAAAAUAUGGCCUGAAAAUACCAACUACCUGGAAUGUUCAGAGGACGGCAGAUACCUCUGCGUGGGCCACUCCCGGGGACUGUCCGUGUGGUGUGCAUCUUCUUUGAUCUGUGUUGCAGAAUGGCUGCAGGACAGCCUGGAAAUCACUUUUGUACAGAUGACCAAACUGACUGAGAUGACCUAUCUGCUUGGCACUGUUGAUGACAUGGGCGUCGCCAGAGUCUUUGCACAUCACGCUGAUGACAUUCAUCUCCUAAAUGUAAUCAACGCCAUGGAACAUAUCAACCAAAGAAGCAUUUGUUUGACACUUGUACUACACGCGGAGGGGCAUUGUGCAGCCGCGUCAUUCAGCUGCAGUGGGGCUGUCGGGCUUGAGCUCUAUCAGUUUCCAACAGCUGCCUGGCUCAAAGAGUUAGAGAUGGCGUCGUCACAAAAGCAGUUACAUGGAUUCUCUUUCAGGAGUUGCACCCACCACUUCCUUCUGCCGUGUGGUCGGUUUCUUGAUGAAAGCAAGGCUUAUUUACAGCCAGAUGUGGCACCCAUGCCAGAUGUGUUGUGGCCAAAUGCCAAGGAAAUCCUCUGCUCAGCUGUUAGCAGAUGCACCCGCUACAUAGCUCUUGGACUCGAUGAUGCUUUGGUGUGUGUCUGGGACAGGCGAUCUGGGGCUCCACUGUCCAUGAUCUUAGCACCGUCAGAAAACAACGCCCUCGUCAAAAUGCAGUUUGUGGAUUGCGGGUCUGCUCCUGCUCCCGAUUGCAAGUUUUUUCCAGCAGAAAUGGUCCACCUGUUGGUCCUGGGUAAAAAUGGAGCAAUUUGUACAAUCACCACGGGACAAGGGACACAGUCCUGCACCAUGCAGCUAGUCGAAAGGUUGCCUAUUUAUCAUGCUGUUAACGUUUUGUUAACAGAAUAUAUUCAGUUUGAAUUCAUGCAGAAAUCCCUGGUGGUGCAAAGGAAUGGAAAAAUGUCCCUUCUAGACAUAGUCAACAAAGCUGCGGUGUGCUUCCUGGUCCCUCCCACAUCCUUUAAUGUCGCCUCCCCCUACAAUCCUGUUUAUGCGCUCAACACCAAACAGCAGUGCCUCUUCAUAAGAGGUGACAGGGACACCACCUGCAGCGCUUCCUCUGAGGAAAGCCGGCAGAGCCAGCUUUUCGUCUUUCAUUUUGGUCAAUCUGAAAUCCUUAAACAGCAUUUUGCUCCACGUCAAGCUUUUCCACAACAAAUAACACAGAGCCAUGUUGGUCUGGAUGAAAUCUGCAAUCUAUAUCUUCAACAGAGAGCACUGUCUGUGAAUGAAAGAAACAAAUCCAUUGCACAGACAUGGGAGCAGCUACGAGAAACUGCAGUGACUGUGACACAAAGACAGCCGGGCUGCAGUCAGCUGAACCGUCUGGAGAUCUCACAGAAGAUCCUGGUGUAACAGGUGAUCAUGAUGACCAGUGGCAACAAGAACAGACAUGAAAAAGUGA